AAUGCCAACUCCCUUGUUCUCGCUCCUGAGGGCGACGUGAUAUUAGUCGUGGGUGAGAAACGAUUUCGCAUACAUGCGGACUCCCUUUUCCUUAAACGGCAUUCAACGGUCUUUGCAGCUCUAUUUGGCCCAAACUUUCGCGAAGGUCAAGAUUUGAAUACCUCAUCUCCAAAGGAGAUUCCUCUGCCGGAUGAUGAUCCGUAUGCCAUGACGGCGAUCUGCGCAACAAUGUACCAUGACUUUGGUCACAUUCCGCGGAGCCCAACAACAGACCGAGUUCUUAGCAUAAUCAGACACGCAGAUAAAUACGAUUGUUACGAUGUCCUUACCCUACCGUCCCAGGUCUAUGGCUGGCUCAAAUCCGAUCAUCUGACUCUUGGUAAUGACCUAGCAAAUAUCCUCGCUGUGUCGUAUCUGGUCAGAGAUCAGGAAGCGUUUAAAAAUGCGUCGAAAUCCUUAAUCUCGAAGUAUGGUGGAUCAUUCGCAGAUCUGGCUGAUGGUGUAAUUUGUGAUGUUCUGCCUUGGAAGACGUUCUGUAAAUUAGAAGAACUUCGGACCCGUAUACAAACACUCGCAAUCAGUAUUGCAUUAGAUGCAUCAGUGGCUAAAUCCAGUGCCUUUGGAUACAACAAUCAUUCCGGGUGCUCCCAAGUCGCAGAAAGGAUUCGAGGAAAUUUCAGUAAUGAUCUAUUAGUAGAAGUGCGCCAGAAACAAAAUCAGAAGCACGGUGGGCGCUUGAAUUUCAAACUUCCGCAUCCGCCAGCAACUCGGCAGUCAGAAAUUGAGCCUUUGCUUGAGAAAUUACAGGAACUAGCGAAAGCCUGUAAGAAAUGCAACGAGAAUGUGGAAUCUUCCCAGCUAAACACAUUUUGCCUAAGUUUGGCAGGCAAUGAACUCAGACAGGUUGCUAUGUUGCCCGAAUGGUACUGGGGCUCGAAUUUGACCUAUUGA